CCUAUGACGAAGCAAAUGGAAGCUGAAAAGAACAUUUAGGCAACUGGGAAUGGCUUUAUGCCGGUCCCUUUUCCUUUACGCACCACUUCAUCGUGCCCUUGUUUCAAAUCCCACUUGUUUCUUCCCAGAAUACUCUUGUUAUUCCUCUAAAUUUACCAACCGUCGGAAGCCUCAAACGCCAUUCUGCCGCACUUGCUGUUCAUCGUCCUCCAUGGAAGCUCCUCCUCUAGGUUACAGGAGAAAUGUGGGAAUUUGUCUCAUCAAUUCCUCCAAAGAGAUUUUUUCUGCGUCGAGGCUGGAUAUUCCAAAUGCUUGGCAAAUGCCACAGGGUGGGAUUGAUGACAAUGAAGAUCCAAAAGUUGCUGCCCUCAGAGAAUUAAAGGAAGAAACUGGUGUUAGCUCUGCAGAAGUUCUUGCAGAGGCAUCAUAUUGGCUGACAUAUGACUUCCCACCAGAAGUUAGGGAAAAACUGAAACAUCAAUGGGGUUCAGACUGGAAAGGUCAAGCUCAAACGUGGUUUCUCCUUAAAUUCACUGGGAAGGAGGAAGAAAUUAAUCUUUUGGGUGAUGGGACUGAGAAACCCGAGUUUGGUGAAUGGUCAUGGAUGACACCAGAACAAAUAGUUGAGCUCGCAGUGGAUUUCAAGAAACCUGUUUACAAGAAAGUUUUGGAAGUUUUUGCUCCCUACCUCCAAUAAUAUCCUGUCGAAUUGCAAAUACUUUGCAGCUCCACUUCUUAUCUGCCGAGUACCAUAGUUGGAUACAACAAGUUGGGGGUUUAUUACUUGGGUGUCACCAGAUGGCAUCCAUUUUUCCUUGUGUGGAUCUGAUAUUCUUGAUAGAAACUUUGAAAAUGAAGUGAUCUGCUAGCAACUUAUUGUCUCAAUUGCAGGGAAUGUCUUCUCUGCUUGAAAAACUUACACGGUUCUAAUGCAAUGUUGUCUGGACUACA